AUGGGAAUCCAAACACAACCCAAGAUUCUAGUCAUAUAUUUCUCAAAGGAAGAUUGGAAGCCUGGCACACCUGCUUGGCUCUUUGCAUGCAAUGAAGUUAGGCAUGCACUGGAAGAAUAUGACUGUUUUGUGGCACUCUCCAACAACACAGUCUCUCCAGAGCUGCACCAACAAGUCUUCCAGUCAUCGGAAGAAUCAUUCGAUCUCCCUAGAGAAAUCAAAGCCCAAAACACUUAUGAUAAGUCCUACCAUGGUGUCAUGUUACGUUCGGAGGUUGCGAGGCUCGCUCCAGCUACAAAUCAUUUUUCACCACUAAAGGAAAAAUCCUCCUCGUCUGAAGAUUCAGAUGGUGAUGACAAAUUUGUUGAGAUUGCAAAAGUGUUUUCUUCUUGCUAUGAAGAAUCGACUUCUGGAAAUGAAGAUAGAUCUUAUUUUGAUGGUGAGUCUGUUCAGCGUUCAAAGAAACCAGAUCUGGAUGCGGCUUUGGAUGCUUUGUUGGAGCAGAUGAAGAUGCCUUGA